AUGCUCGACAGACCGCAAGCAAGUGUGAGAGGCGCCGGCAUCGAUGAGCGUGCCCGUCACGAGUCCGCCGCUCUGUGCGUGGAAAAGGGCUCUUGGCUAAUCCUUGUCUUAACAUGCGCCUAUUUGGUGCUGUGUAUCGUCUCGCUGGGUCCGCACCGAGCUGCUGAUACCCUGGCCAUUCUCUACGACCUCGCCGUCUUGAACAACCGGUCCGCGACCUCACGGAUCUGUGCCCUGCACGAGAUGGUUUCCGCGCAUUUGUCGCGUGGCCGACUCACGCGGCAGAUGUGCAAGCUCGACGGUAUGGUCACAGCUCGUUCUCACCCCCCCAUCCUCCUACAACCCUUCGCGCAGCGCACGCCAUCUAUACGCCUGUUUCAUUCUCAAUUUAUCGAUCGCAUGCUCAUUCGGCGGCGCUCGCCCCUCCGCGCUCGCGCUGGCAUGUCUUUCCACGGCGCCGUCCUGAACCCAUGCUGGAACGAACCCCGCCAUCGCCCCGCUCCACGCAGCAAGAGCUCCAGCCUCUCAAAUCUCAGCGCCCGCGCGCCAUACCCUCCCCGCCUCUCUGCCCCCUCGCUGCGCCGCACUAGGCCGCACUGCGGGGCACGGACCGAGCCGCUUAUGCCCAGGCGACGCGCGCGCAGGGCUCUCUCUCUCGCCCGUUGUCGCCCAUCGCCUGUUAUCCGUCACCCACCGAACCUGGCGAGCGUCUCGGACUCGCCUCGGGGCCAGGCACGACGCCGUCCAAAGCGCACGAGGCACGGGCGCUCCUCGCACCCGUUUCCCCAGACACGCGCCGACUCCGUCGGCAGCAUCGGCGACGAGAAGGAAGGGGAAGGGAAGGGAAGGGAAAGAGAUAGGGGAGGGAGAGCAGAAGCGUGGUGA